AUGUCGCCCUCGGUGCAGAAGAGUCAGUUCAAGCUGCUCCAGCAGUUCAAGCCAGACUACUCCGCCAGCGAAUUCACUGAAUAUGAAUCGCAACGCACCGGUAUGCGCGUGGUGGUCAUUGACCAGAAGGGCCCCAAGGUGAACGGCUACUUUGUGCUUGCUACAGAGAUCCAUGAUGACUCCGGUGCACCUCACACGCUGGAGCAUCUUUGCUUCAUGGGCUCUCGUAACUACCGUUACAAGGGCUUCUUGGACAAGCUGGCAACCCGAGUUUACUCCAGCACCAAUGCUUGGACAGCCACGGAUCACACAGCCUACACCCUCGAUACCGCGGGUUGGGAGGGCUUUGCUCGCAUUCUACCUGUCUAUUUGGAGCAUGUCAUUGCUCCCACUUUGACAGAUGAGGGCUGCUACACCGAAGUCCACCACAUCGAUGGCUCUGGGAAUGAUGCCGGUGUUGUGUACUCUGAAAUGCAAGGUGUGCAGAACAAUGCCGCUGAGCUGAUUGACCUGGCAGCUCGCCGUGCAACUUAUCCCCCCGGCGUCGGCUUCCGGUAUGAGACUGGUGGUAUGAUGGAACAGCUUCGAGUUCUGACUGCUGAGCGGAUUCGCGAGUUCCAUCGCGAGAUGUAUCAGCCCAAGAACCUCUGCUUGGUUAUUACGGGUGAGGUCGACCAGAAUAACAUGCUGGAGAUCUUGGACAAGUUCGAAGAUACCAUUUUGGAUGUCAUCCCGAGCCCGGAUGCGCCUUUCACUCGGCCUUGGACGGACUCUAAGCAGACCCCGGCCCUGGAGAAAUCAAUUAUUCAAAAGGUCGAUUUCCCCGAAGAGGACGAGUCGUUCGGCGAAAUCGAGAUUCGCUUCCUUGGACCGGACUGCAACGAUCCUAUUUCAUCCGGGGCUUUGAAUGUGGCUCUCCUCUAUCUCGCUGGAUCGUCUGCAUCUCUCCUAGAGAACACAAUUGUCGAGAAGGAACAGAUUGCCAGUGCCGUCUACUAUGCUACUGAGGAUCACCCUAGCAUCGAGAUUCGCUUCACUCUGACCAGUGUGGAGACCGACAAGCUGGAGAAGGUGGAGAAGAGAUUCUUUGAGAUUCUCAAGGAUGCCAUGGGCAAGCCGCUGGAUAUGAAGUACAUUAAGGAGUGCAUUGACCGCCAGCGCCGUACCUGGAAGUUCUCGACUGAGAACUCUGCCAACUCCUUUGCCGAAUACGUCAUCACCGACUUCCUGUUCGGAAAGCGAGAUGGUUCGACCCUGCGAGAUGUCGCAUCUCUCAAGGAAUACGAUGCCCUUGAGCACUGGAACGAGGACCAGUGGCGGUCGUUCAUCACCAAGUGGAUUGCCGAUGCCAACCACGUUUCCAUCCUGGGAUACCCGUCCCUGAAGCUCUCUGAUAAGCUCAAGAAUGACGAAGAAGCCCGAGUGGCCGCUCAAAAGGAGCGUCUUGGCGAGAAGGGUCUCAAGGAACUGACUGACAAGCUUGAGAAGGCCAAGGCCGAGAACGACAAGGAGAUCCCAGAGGAUGUUCUGGCUCAGUUUGCCAUUCCCGGUACCGAUUCCAUUCAUUUCAUGAACACCACCACUGCCCGUUCCGGUGCUGCUCUGAAGGCUGGCCAUCCCGAGAAUGAGAUCCAGAAGCUGGUCGACGCCGAUGAUGCGGGCCAGCCCCUGUUCAUUCACUUUGAGAACAUCCCCAGCAGCUUCGUGCAGCUAUCUGUCCUCGUCUCAGCACAUUCAGUUCCCCUUCAGCUGCGGCCUUUGCUAUCCAUCUACACCGAGGCUUUCUUCAACAUCCCAGUCCAGCGCGAUGGUAAGACCAUCAACUUUGAGCAGGUCGUUGUGGAGCUGGAGAAGGACACCGUCGGCUACGGAAUGGACACCGGCCGCGCCCUUGGAAACUCGGAAAUGCUGCGUCUGUCCUUCCAGGUCGAGCGUGAGAAGUACGAACAUGCCAUAGCCUGGCUGCAGGAGCUAUGCUGGAACUCCAUCUUUGAUGUCGAGAGACUCCGUGCCAUCACCACUCGUCUUCUGGCCGACGUGCCCGACUCCAAGCGCAGCGGCGAUGACAUGCUCGCAGCAGUUCAUGUCAUGGUCCACUACGCCCAGGAGUCUAUUGCCCGGGCUCGGUCCACCUUGGUGAAGGCGCGCUACCUUAAGCGGGUCAAGCGCCUUCUUGCCGACAAGCCUGAAGAGAUCGUCAGCCGUAUGGAGGAGAUCCGCAAGUCGCUGUUCCAGCCCGAGAAUAUCCGGGUUCUAGUCGUUGCCGACCUGGAGAAGCUGCCCCGCCCAGUCUCGUCCUGGAAGCCCUUCGCUGAGCGCCUUGGAUCCAGCGAUAACCUGAAGCCCAUCACCGACCGCCGCGCUCUGCUGAGCGACGCCGGCAAGAACAUCGGCGGACACUCGUACAUCGUCCCCAUGCCGACUGUCGACUCCUCGUAUGCCUAUGCCACGGCCCCAGGUCUCGAUUCCUACGACCACCCCAAGCUCCCCGCUUUGCUGGUCGCCAUUGCCUACAUGAACGCUGUCGAGGGUCCCCUCUGGGUUGCCGUCCGUGGCAAGGGUCUGGCAUACGGAACUAACUUUGCCUACAACAUCGACACCAGCUUCGUCAACUUCGAUGUGUACCGGUCUCCUAAUGCUCACAAGGCGUUUGAAGCUAGCAAGCAGAUUGUCGAGGACCAUCUCUCCGGUGCUAGUCCCUUCGAUCCUCUCAUGCUGGAGGGUGCGAUCAGCAGUAUCGUGGUUGGCUAUGCUAAUGAGCAGAUGACCGCUGUCAGCGCUGCUCAGGGCAGCUUCAUCCGCCAGGUCGUGCGCAACUUGCCCAGCGAUUACAAGGAGAAGAUGCUCAAGAAGGUGCGGGACAUCAGCGUCGAUGAGGUCAAGGGUGCUCUGCGUGAGAUUAUCCUGCCCCUGUUCGCGCCGAAGACUGCCAACCUUGUUGUUACCUGCGGUACUGUCUUGGAAGAGACCCUUAAGCAAGGCUUCGAGUCAAUCGGCUUCACCCCGACUGUCCAGCCUCUCAAGGAGUUCGAGGACGACUAUGGCCUCAAGCUCGGCGAUGAAGAGGAGGAGGACGAGGAGGAAGAAGAUGACGAAGACGAAGACGAAGAAGAUGACGAGUCCGGCUCGGAAGAGGAGGACAGUGACGAAGAUGAUGAGUAAACGUGCUCCAUGAAAUGCAGACAUGAUAGCCUAGGUAGAGCUUGAUACAAUAGCUAGAUAAUACGAAGGCUAUGG